UGUACACAGUACACCACCUAAAAUAUAUACGGGAUAUUAUAUGUUAAGCUAGCGCGCGUGAGUAAAGUAACUAGCUACACUAUGGGAUGCGAUGGAGGAACAAUUCCUACUCGAGACGAAUUAGUAAGGCUGAAACAGAAGCCCGAGAAGGUUAAGCUUUGGUUUGAUUUUGUUUGGUUAUGGGGGUCCCAACGACAAACUCUUUUUCUCUUGCAGGUUGAUCGGGAUGUUGAAAUUUCUGCAAGGUGGCGUCAUUGUGCUCUCAGUCAACAGCAGCUACGAGAACCUAUUGUGUGUUGUGAAUUGGGAAGGCUAUACAACAAGGAGGCCGUGAUUGAGUACCUCCUCAACAAAGCUUCUGCAUCUUCCGACAUUGCUGCACACAUCCGAAACCUAAAGGAUGUCUGCGAAUUGAAAUUAACUAAGAACACGUCAUAUGAUCGAUCUUGUUUGGGCAAGGCCGACACUUACGUUGAUACUCAAGCAUCAGAAUACAUCUGCCCAAUCACAGGCCUUGAGAUGAACGGCCGAUACAAGUUUGUGUUUUUGUGGAAGAAUGGGUUUGUCUGCUCUGAACGUGGAUUGAAGGAAGUUCCUGACGCCGUGCAUCAAGAGUGGGGAGAGGGCUAUAACAAGGACGAUGUUAUUGCCAUAAAUGGGAGCAAAGAAGAGAUGGAAGAACUGAGGAAAAAGAUGGACUUUCGUCGUGCACAGGCAAAAAUGGAAAAGAAAGGGCAGAAAGGCAAGAAGCGUGAGCGAGCAGAAGCAGCAGUAAAGAGUGAGCAAUUAGAUAACCCGUGCUCAAAAUCAAAGAAAAUCAAGUCGUCAACAAAGCAGAAUGGCACCGUGAAGCCUACUAGUGUGACUAUGAGCGGUAACAGUGACUUAGGAUUGGGCACUGUAGCAGAAGCUCGAGCUGCAUUGAAACAGAGUUCGCAUUUCAAGACUGUAGCUGAGGAUCCGAAGGCUAGUAAGACACUGAAGUCGCUGUUUUCAUCAAGUGCUAAACCUCGGGAUAAGGACGAUUCCGCUCAUUGGGUCACAUAUAAUCCUUAUCAUUAUGCUGGCUGAAUGUAACACAAAGAGAGGUAUUUGUAUGUGUAUGUAGUCACUGUGACUGUGUAUAGCAUUGUAUAUAGCACGAUGCUUUGCUGGUAGAUUAUGUCAGCAGUACAGGUAUGUAUCUCAGUGAAAGUACCUGUAAUACGUUCACUGAAGUAGUAGCUGCUGUGACACAUUAGAUCUCUUUUAGCUUCAUCUAUGGCAUGAUCUUUGUUACAUGAUAAUGUGAUGAUAGAACUUAGGUAAAGACGAUUGUUGUAUCUACUGA